UCCCGGGUUCAAGCGAUUCUCCUGGCUCAGCCUCUCGAGUAGCUGGGACUACCGGUGCGUGCCACCAUGCCCGGCUAAUUUUUGUAUUUUUAGCAAAGACGGGGUUUCACUAUGUUGGCCAGGCUGGUCGUGAACUCCUGACCUCGUGAUCCGCCCACCUCAGCCUCCCAAAGUGCUGAGACUACAGGUGUGAGUCACCGUUCUCGGCCAGGUGUACUAGUAUUAAUGGGAAAGGAUGAAAGUCAGACUAAGUAAGAGUUGAAGGACCUACAGCUGAUAAGGAGAUACCUGCUCUUCGGCAGUGCAUUUUCCCCCUCUAUUUUGCUUAGCAGUUAGGAAGUUUUUAUUUUUCCUCAUGGAAAAUGAGUUAAUAGGUGAAGAAUAAAUGUCAUAGUGCAUACUGAUGUGACUGAGGGACAAGGACAGAUAUUUAAAAAGCCAGCUUGUGAGUGUUGUGUAAUUAUCUAACAAGCCAGAACUCGUGUGAAACAUUUUUACAGUCUGUUUCUAUUUUUGGCAGGAUCUUUUUCACCCAUGCUUUCCAGUUUUGGGUCUGGGAAGCAGCUUUUACUUCAUAUAAAUGGUUUUAUGGAAAUUAAUUUUGAGAUUGGUUUAUUAUUUUAAGUCAUUUUAUUCACUUAUAUAAUUUGAAGGCGCUAAAUUAAACAGUCAUUUGUUAUCCAUCUUUCUGAUGGAUAAAAGCAAAUGUCAAGAUGAGAGUGCUGUAUUGUAGAAAUUCCUCAGGAUAUGUUUAUUGGAUCAGUUAUUUUAUUAACAUUUAGGAUUUAAAUUCUUAAAAAUUUUUCUUUAUUUUUUAAACUUAAUUUAUGUUCAGCUAGCUUAAUUUGACAGUUUUUAUAUUCUAGUAACUUUAAUCUUGUUUUAAUAUUUGUUUGGGAGAGAACAUACUUAUCUUCAGAGACAUCGUUUAGUGUUAUCUUCCAAAAUUUGCAGCUGUUUAGAACCAGAUACUUGAGGGAAGCUACUAUGGUAUGAAUGCCUUCCUUGUUAGGUCAUGUGUGACAAAGGCAAAAUUCAGCAAGUGCAUAAUCUGCAGUCCUUUGGAAGCAACAAAAACAAAAAAGAGCAGAUUAACUCGAAAUGCAUUUAGGUCAUCUGGAAAUUGAAUUCCUUAGAGAUGGGGUUUCACCAUAUUGCCCAGGCUGAUCUUGAACUCCUGACCUUGUGAUCCACCUGCCUUGGGCUCCCAAAGUGCUGGGAGUACAGGUAUGAGCCACCGCGCCCGGCCGCCGUUAUUGAUUUUUAAAAGAAAAACUUCCCCAUAAUUUACACAAAAUUAUAGUAAUGGAAACAGUCUUCCCCUGCCUAGCAUAGAAAGCAAUUUUUAAUUUAAAAUUUUGACUAGAAUAUUCUGAUUCUUUAAUGUGAAUUAGUUUUGAACCUUAAUUAGCCAUUUGUCUUCUAAAAAAAUAUAUUUUAUUCCCCACCAUGCAAAUAUUUGUUCUGUUCUAAGGAGCUUUAGACUGUACCUGGUUAUCUCCAGUACAUAAAUCAGUUUUAAUUGGUUUUAAAACAGUAGUUUAGGGGAGUAAAUUAGAAUCUACAAUUGUAGGAAGACCCACCCUAAUCUUAUUAUGCAAAUGUACUUUCCCCUUGACCGGCAUCAUUUUGGCUGCCCUUUACAGUACACGUGGCUGGCAGAGAAGGGAAGGUGGAGCCGCCAUUUUGAACCUGAUUGGCACACAUGCCGGCAUAUAUGUCUGCAGCUCUGUUUUACAGGCUGCUCUUUGUUAGGAAGGUGAUUUGGGGCUGCUUUUCAUUAAAAGGGAAACCUUACUGAGGACUCUCGUACCCUAUCUGCCUAAGUAAUUUCUUUUUAACUCCUAUGUCAGUAUUAACAUAGAGUAGUUCAAAUGUUGCAGUCAGAUUCACAUCCUGGUUCUGCCAUUUACUAUUUGGUGCCCUAAGUUAACACCUUACUAGCCUCUCAGUGCCCCAGUUUUCUCAUCUGUAAUAUUUAGACAAUAAUAUUACCCACCUGUUAGGGUUGUUAGGAAGAUUUAGUUUAAAAUACAUAUUAAAUGCCUAGCAUAUAGUAAGUGCACAGAGCAUGUUAAUUUUCCUCUUUACCAGCAAAAACGAUUAUGUGAUUUAGAUAUGGUAGUGAUAGCCUCUAUUGGAAAUUUUGAUGGGAUUAGGUAAUUUUAGAUUGUUUUUCUUUUUAGAACCUCAAAGAACACUUGGUAUCAUUACACGAAAUGCUAAAAUGUAUAUCUAUGUGUAUGUGCAAAUAUUUUCAUAAAAGUCUUUGAAAAACCCUCUACUUCUUCCCAAGAAAGGAUCUCACUAAAGAUUAUUUGAUAAAAAAAGAAAUCUUGGAGCACAGCCAAAAAACCGGGAAUGAAAAAAUACUGUUUUCACGCCCAGAAACUGUGUAUGUAUAAUCAGAAUUGUACGUCUUAGGAUGUUAGGGAAGCUUUCUUUGUUCCAUACAAAACAAACACUGACAGUCCACUUCUUGGACUUGAGAAAUGUUGAAAGUUUCUUUACAAAUGGAUAUCUAGGGCAGGAGGAAGUAAUUCUUUUCCCAAAACACUUUUUUUGCUUCCAGUAAGUGGAGGAACAUUGUUGAAACUUCCCUCACCACGCCCUCUGCUGAUUAUUUGUGAAACUCAGGUGAGUUAAAUGUGUAGCGCAAGCUUGUCCAACCCGCAACUUGUGGUGGCUUUGAAUACGGCCCAACACAAAUUUGUAAACUUUCUGAAAACACUAUGACAUUUUUUUUUUGCAAUUUUUUUUAAGCUCAUCAAAUAUCGUUAGUGUAUUUUAUGUGUGGCCCAAGACAGUUCUUUCAGUGUGGCCCAGGGAAGCCAAAAGAUUGGACAGCCCUGGUGUAGUGGUUCCUCCCGCUUCGCCCAUACUUGACCCUUAUUUGAACUAGGAUUAUUUCUUUUUUUUUUCUCCUCCUGGAUGAGUGGAGGAAGUCCUUGAAAUCUAUUUUACUGCUACUGUUAUUACCACUUUUUAAAAUGGAAACAUACACAGAAGUAGAGUCAGUGAGCCCUUAUGUUUGUACCAGUUUUAUCCCACCCCUACAUUUGACCUACUUGUUCUUGUCCUCAUCUUUAAAAAAAGCAAAUUUGGCAGGGUGGAGGCGGAGCGGGGCGGGCGCCGGAGCCCAACCGGAGCCCAGUCCGAGCGGGCGCUGAAGGCUGGCGCGGCCAGCGCUGUUCGGGGCUGGAGGGGGUAAGGCCGGCAAGGGCGGCCCGACCCUCUAGGAGGCCAUCCAGCGGCUGUGGGACACGGAGGAGAUGUUAACCGAGAAACAGGAGUUCCUGGAGAAGAAAAUCGAGCAGAGGCACGGCACUAAAAACAAGUGCGCGGCCCUCCAGACACUGAAGCAUAAAAAGAGGUAUGAGAAGCAGUUGGCGCACAUCGACGGCACAUUAUCAACCAUCGAGCAGCAGGCCCUGAAGAAUGCCAACACCAAUACCGAGGUGCUCAAGAACAUGGGCUCUGCCGCCAAGGCCAAGAAGGCGGCCCAUGACAACAUGGACAUCGAUAAAGUUGAUGAGUUAAUGCAGGACAUUGCUGACCAGCAAGAACUUGGGGAGGAGAUUUCAACAGCAAUUUCAAAACCCGUAGGGUUUGGAGAAAAGUCUGACGAGGAUGAGCUCAUGGCGGAGUUAGAAGAACUAGAACAGGAGGAACUAGACAAGAAUUUGCUGGAAAUCAGUGGCCCCGAAACAGUCUCUCUACCAAAUGUUCCCUCUUAUAGCCCUACCAUCAAAACCUGCCAAGAAGAGGAAGACGACGACAUGAAGGAUUUGGAGAACUGGGCUGGGUCCAGCGCGGGCAGGAUGGAUGUGGUGCAGGCAGGUUCCAUCGCUCUCGACUCUCACUCCAAAGCAGUAGGGCCGCAUUGCUGCUCACUCUCUGCAUAGCGUGGUCUGCACCU